AUGAAGUUCGGUCUAUAUUUAUCGAAAAAUCGAACACCUGAAUGGUAUUCUCAAUAUAUCGAAUAUGAUGAAAUGAAACGAAUGCUUACCGAAUCGGUUGCUGAAGCCGAACGAUUGAUCGACAUCAAUGAUAGAUCGGCACGUGAGCAAUUUUUUGUUCUUGCCGAUGAACAGUUUUUUCAGUUCUGCAAGAAAGAAGCAUCGAAAAUCAAUAAUUUCUUUGCUGAAAAACUUGCCGAGUAA